AGUAGACAUGGAAACCGGAAACGGAAGUACCGCACAGUACAGUGUGCAUAAGCAACGCGGGGGGCAGUUAGUAGCGUUUCGCUGGUAUAGGCCUCUGUUACUCUGUAUGUAUGAGUCGACUGAUCAUUCCAGCUGCAAGUGUAAGCUCAAGCAAGCUGACGAAAAUAUCAUGAAAUUUAGGGAAAAUUUGCGUGUUUUAACGUAAUUGGUGCUCCUUUAUCUCUUGAAUAGUUUUGAUUGCCAUAUUAGUUAUUCCAAAGCACGCCAAAAUGGUAUCCAAGCUCUUCCUGGGAGCAGUGGCGGGCGCCACCGCCGUCGUGGGUUACUGCAUCUACUUCGACCAUACCCGCCGCAGCCAUCCCCUGUACCGUCAGCGCGUCCGCGAGAAACGCGCCCGUAAUCGCGCCGCGGCCAACCGUGCCACGGGCAUGCCCGACCCGACGGACCCUGAAGCCAUGCAGCGCUACUUCAUGAUCCAACUGCAGCGCGGCGAGGCCUGCCUGAUGAACGGGAUGGUAGAGGAGAGUGUGCAGCACUUCAGCAACGCCGUGCGGGCCUCCGGGUCCCCGUCACAGUUACUGCGCAUCCUGGCUGAAUCCCUGCCGCCGCAGGUGUUCAGUUUGAUUGUCCGGGCCCUGGAAAGCGAGACCGCGGGGGCCAUGGGCGGCCCGACCAAGACGUCGACCACCGUGCGCACCACCACCACCGGGCCCAGUGGGGUGGUGUUCGAUGAAGAACUGAAGGAGACGGUGGUGAGUACCGGAGCGACGGUGACGCUGGUGGAGGACGAUGUGGAAUGAGGCAGGGUUUUGUUGGUUUUCCAUUGCUGAUCUACUGGCCAAAGGUUUCGGGGUUUGCUUGCUGCUGCCGUACUUAUUUGUGGCAGUUUGUCCCUAGGUGGUAAAUUUGGUAAUGCUGUACGUGUGAAAUGGCAGGUACUUCUUCUGGUAAACUGAUAACAGAAAAUGUUAUUUUCGUUUACGUUUUGCGCGAAUUUGCGCCGUGUUGUUAUUUGUCGCGCUCAGUCCUAUUAAACGGCAAAAAUUGCGGUUGUAG